AUGGAAGACGUCAAAGCCGCCGCUCAUGUUGAGCAUCAGCUCGCCGUUCCAGCGCAAUCGCUGGGUGCAAAUACGAUCGGAAUCGAUGAUGAAGUCCUUCUGCGAAUGUCCGAGCAGAUCCCGAACUUCGCUGGCCUGGUAGAAAAGGCUCGCCGUGCUUCCGACUUUGAACACAAACUCACCAAUCGAGAGGCUUUUAAGCUUUUCCCUAAAGCAAUUAUUUUCUCCUUUAUCCUGUCCCUUGCCAUCAUUAUGGAGGGCUACGACACCUCGCUGCUUGGCUCUUUCUAUGCCUACCCGACAUUCCAGGAGCGAUUUGGAAUUCCUGUGAAGGGAGGGGGUUACCAAGUCACUUCGAAUUGGCAGACUGGCUUGCAGAAUGGAACCAAUGUUGGUCAGAUCAUGGGUCUCCUUGUCGCUGGUCUAAUCGCCGAUCGCUGGGGGUACAAGAAGACUAUGCUUGGUGCUUUGGUCUCUCUGAUCGGCUUUCUUUUCCUGAUGUUCUUUGCCAAUAACAUCGGGAUGCUAUUUGCUGGCGAGGUUCUUUGCGGUAUUCCUUGGGGUGCCUUCCAGAGUUUGACCACGACCUAUGCCGCCGAGGUUAGCCCCGUUAUUCUGCGACCGUACCUGACCACCUACGUCAACCUGUGCUGGGUUACUGGACAAUUUAUCUCAACCGGAGUUCUGCGAGGUCUUUUGGGUCGUACUGAUCAAUGGGGAUGGCGUAUUCCCUAUGCUGUUCAGUGGAUUUGGCCCGUGCCAAUUAUCAUUGGCGUCCUCUUUGCACCAGAAUCUCCCUGGUGGCUAGUUCGUAACGGCAAGGUUGAAGAAGCGAAAAAAUCACUCAGUCAGCUGUCCAGCCCUGGAGUCUCGAAUUACGACACAGAAGACGCCGUCGCUUUGAUGAUCAUCACUAACGCUCACGAAAAGCUGACCCGACAAGGAGUAUCAUACUGGGACUGUCUAAAGGGAGUCGACCGUCGCCGUACUGAAAUUGUCUGCUGCGUCUGGAUGUGUCAAGUUUUCUGUGGUAUCUGGUACGGUGGCAACAUUGUCUACUUCCUCCAACAAAUCAGCUUUACCAACACUCAGGCUUUCGAUUUCGGUCUUGGUGUCAACGCUAUCGGCUGGUGCGGUACGGUCUGUUCUUGGUUUAUUAUGCAGCGAGUUGGUCGCCGAAAGUUGUUUGUCACUGGCUUGGGGGUCAUGUUCACGGUGUUGAUGUUGGUCGGCUUUUUGGGUAUUCCGAGCCACACAAGUCCAGGUCUGAGCUACGGAUCUGCAGCUCUCCUUCUUGUCUUCGUCUUUACCUACGAUCUUACCGUUGGACCGGUCACUUACUGCCUUAUCUCCGAGAUUCCAUCUACUCGCCUUCGCAUCAAGAGCGCAGUGCUCGCCCGCAACUGCUACAACAUUGCUAGUAUUUGUGCCAACUUUCUGAAUCCUCCUAUUCUUAACCCAACUGCCUGGAAUCUCAAGGGCAAGGGAGGCUUCAUCUGGGCACCUUUCUGUCUCAUCUGCUUUCUGUGGUCGUUCUUCCGUUUGCCGGAGCCCAAGGGACGCACCCCCACGGAACUUGAUAUUUUGUUCGAGAAGAAAAUUCCGGCUCGAAAGUUUUCCAAUUUCGAGGUCACACCGUUCCGCUCCAACAACUUCGAGGUUGUUUCAGAAGGUGCCGCUCUCAAGGAGAUGCACUAG